GGCCUCCCGGAAGCGCGGCGCGGGCCGGGCCGUGAUGGCGGCGGGGCGGCGGGGGCGGCGCUGUCGCUAGUCCGGCAGCCGCGGCGAACCAUGGCCGCGCUGGGUCCGGCGGGCGCGGCGGAGCCGGGCUCGGGCGGCGAGGCGGAGGCGGGCGCGCUGCUGCCGCGGGAGCCGCUGUACAACUGGCAGGCGACCAAGGCGUCGCUCAAGGAGCGCUUCGCCUUCCUCUUCAACUCGGAGCUGCUGAGCGACGUGCGCUUCGUGCUGGGCAAGGGCCGGGGCGCGGCGGCGGCGGGGGCGCCCCCGCGCGUGCCCGCGCACCGCUUCGUGCUGGCGGCCGGCAGCGCCGUCUUCGACGCCAUGUUCAACGGCGGGAUGGCCACCACGUCCGCCGAGAUCGAGCUGCCCGACGUGGAGCCCGCCGCCUUCCUGGCGCUGCUGCGGUUUCUGUAUUCAGAUGAGGUUCAGAUUGGCCCAGAGACGGUCAUGACCACCCUCUACACUGCCAAGAAGUACGCAGUCCCUGCCCUGGAGGCACACUGUGUGGAAUUUCUCACCAAACACCUCCGGGCGGACAACGCCUUCAUGCUCCUGACCCAGGCUCGGUUGUUUGAUGAGCCUCAGUUGGCCAGUCUGUGUCUGGACACCAUAGACAAGAGCACCGUGGACGCCAUCAGUGCCGAGGGCUUCACGGACAUCGACAGAGACACGCUCUGUGCGGUUCUCGAGAGAGACACACUCAGCAUCCGAGAAAGUCGCCUGUUUGGAGCCGUUGUGCGGUGGGCAGAGGCAGAAUGCCAGCGACAACAGCUGCCAGUGACGUUCGGGAACAAGCAGAAGGUUCUGGGGAAGGCUCUUUCCUUGAUCCGCUUCCCGUUGAUGACCAUCGAAGAGUUUGCGGCAGGCCCUGCGCAGUCGGGAAUCUUGUCGGACCGAGAGGUGGUCAGCCUCUUCCUGCACUUCACUGUCAACCCCAAGCCACGCGUGGACUACAUCGACCGGCCACGCUGCUGCCUUCGGGGCAAGGAAUGCUGCAUCAACCGCUUCCAGCAGGUGGAGAGCCGCUGGGGCUACAGUGGGACCAGUGACCGCAUCAGGUUCACAGUUAAUAGAAGAAUCUCUAUAGUCGGAUUUGGCUUAUAUGGAUCUAUUCACGGUCCCACGGAUUAUCAAGUGAAUAUCCAGAUCAUUGAGUAUGAAAAAAAGCAGACCCUCGGGCAGAAUGAUACAGGAUUCAGCUGUGAUGGAACCGCAAACACUUUCCGGGUCAUGUUCAAAGAGCCCAUAGAGAUCCUGCCCAAUGCCUGCUACACCGCCUGCGCCACACUCAAGGGUCCGGAUUCCCACUAUGGCACCAAAGGGCUGAAGAAAGUGGCGCACGAGACCCCGACUGCCGGCAAGACCAUGUUUUUCUUUUUCAGCUCCCCUGGCAACAACAAUGGCACUUCCAUAGAAGAUGGACAGAUCCCAGAGAUAAUCUUUUAUACCUAAGUUAGCAUUAAAGUCCAUCCUGGCUAUAUAGUAUCUAGAGUCUGAUCUCAAAGGCAUAAAAAUCCAGCCACAAAAAAAAUAGUCCGAGUGUUGUGAAUGUUUUUAAUUGUAAGCUAAGAAACAUUUUAGUUUCUUAGAGGAGAUAGAAUGCUAAUUCAAAAAUCUGCGUGAUUUGCAGGCAGAUUUUUCAUUGUCUGGUAACCUUGUUGGGGGGAGGAGAGCAGGUUUGUUUGCCUGAGAGGGGCAGCACAGCUGUUUCCUACUGUCAUCUGGCAUCAUUUCCUACAGCAGUUGGCUUACCAUCCUGCAAUGGUUUUGUCAUGAAAAGAGUCUUCAGAGACAUAGUUGGGUUUUUUUGCUUUUGUUUGGAAAGUUGGAUGGCCUGGGCAUAAACGCUUAAUUUCAAAGUUUGUGAGAGGAGAUGGGGAAGUAUUCCUAAAGAAUUCCCUGUCACUCAACAUUUCAAAAGAUAAGAAAAGUGACUUUCUAUUCAGUCUUAGUGGAGUUUGUACACACUUUCACCAUAAUGUGAUCUGUAUAGACAUGGGAUCUAAAGGUGGAGCCUAAGAUUGGAUUCUUCCUUCUGGAAUGGGAUUCUUUAUUCCUGCCCCUGUGCAUGGGGAGGGAUGUUGCUGGGACUUCCCAGACUCAGACUGGGAUGGGGACGGGCCAGUCACAAUCUGCCCAGUGCAGUGUGACGUUUCUGAAAAAUCUACUUUGUCACCGAAAGAGGUCUAAGAAACAUUGUGACCUCACUAAGGUAACAAGUAUAUUGGGACAGAGAAAAAGGGUAUACUGCAGAAUGGCAUUUAUAUACUUUCUUACAAAGCGAAUUUUUUAUAUAAGUGAAACAACAUUCUUUUUUCCUCCCUUUAAAGCAGUUAUAUUAAAAACAAAAAGGUGAUUAAGUGUAAGGUAUAGCAACUAGCUGUGAAAAAUUGUUUAAAAUCACUGUUCCUUUCAGUAUCAAAAUAAUUUUCCCUAAUAAUUAAGAUGUAAGUCAUCUAAAGUAAGUAAAUCUCAUUUUAUAUUUUCAAGAGGGUAGUGUGAAGUGUAUUGGUGGCAGAAAGCUCCUGAAAUCUCUGAAGAAAGGGGAAAUUUUUCUCUCUGGUGCCACGACCUUAAGAAUACAAAUCUCAACUAACUGGAACAGCCAUGGAUAUAUGGGGUUCUGGUUAAGGAGACGCACCAGCACCCCGUGGGUAGUGACGAUGGAAAGAAUUUCUGCUGGACAGCAUGGUGAGCCCAAGAGGGUUGUGACCAUCGCGGCGUUUGGAGCAAUGAUUUGAAGUGAAGGUGGUUCUAGAGCAUAGAAGGAGCAUGGCUGCUGACUGACUUGAAGCGUCCCCUGGAGUGGAAAAGAAAAUAAAAUGCUAUUAUCCUUUUA